AUGGACCUGCAAUCAAGACAAAGUCCACCAGAAAUAUCUGGUGAGGAGGCAUAUGCAACCAUAUCAUCAUCAAACAUACCUACAAGAACCAAAACGCUGUUGAUAAGGUCGUUGAGAUCUCAAUUUAAAAGGGGUACCGUAGAUUUCAAUCACGUAAACAAAUAUCUCGAUACAUUAUUGAUUGCCCUUGACAUAGAUGAAAUAAAGGAUGAGAGUUACAACAUGUUCCACCCAUUGUUGAAGAGAAUCGCCACUCAACGAGGUGAUGAAUACUUAAGAAACUAUGGUCCUUUGAUCAUUCCUCAUUUGAUUGAAAGAUUAAGUACGCAUACUCAAGAGACAAAAUCUGCAUUGGAAACCUUCUAUUUAGUGAAUGGCUGUCAUUUUGAGGAAUCAUUCAACAAAUUUGCAUUAUCCCAUAAGAAUCCCAAGAUCGUAAUCGAAGCCAUUGACUUUUUAGAGCACCUUUGUACUAUCAAGAAGCAGUUCACAAUUACCCCAUUCAUCCCAUCAAUAGUAAGUGCUUUGAAUACGAACAAUAAUGAUUCAAAGAAAGAAGUCGUUGAAGGUAUAAUAUCUUUUUUAUCCAUCUAUUAUGGAUUACAGAUUCAUAGAUUCGAUAAGAAUGAGUUAACAAAAGAAAUGUCAAAACAGUCAAUUGAUGGUUAUUUAAAAGAAAAAGUCAUGUCUUCUAUUAACUCGACAAAUAUGGAAAACACUAAAUCCAAUCCUCAAGUGUCUAGAUUCAGUAAUCGUUCCCAAGCUUCCGUCACCUAUCCACCUAUAGUUGAUAUCAUCAAUAAACCCGAAAAGGUAGAAUUAAAAGUUCCUGUGAAUAAUACCAUGAGUGAUCCAGAAAUAUCCAUUCAUAACGAUUCUGAAGAUGAAUUGAAAUCCAUCACAAGCAGUUUAGUCAAAUACGACUUCAACGACUCAUUGUAUCAAGCUAGAAAUAUCAUAAGCGAAGAAGAUUUGCGCCAUAGAAUCAACAGAUUAUUACCUGCAUUUACAAAUAAAGAAACUGAACAAAAUUGGAUGUUAAGAGAGAAGGCGAUGAUAGCUCUCCGUGAAUUUAUUAGAGGUAAUGCUAUUACUGAAUUCCUUGACGACUUUAAGGAAAGUAUCAGGGAAAUGAGUGAAGGUAUUAACAAGUCAAUUUUGUCGUUAAGAACUACAUUGUCAGCCCAUGGAUGUCAAUUCAUCAAAGAAUUAGCUAUACUUUUGAAAAGUUCGUUUGAUUCAUUGGCUGAAUUAUUUUUCCCAGCUUUGUUCAAACUUUGUAAUGCUACCAAAAAUCUUGCAUCAUUGAAUGCUCACACAGCUAUAUCAGCAAUCUUUAUAAACUGUCCUUUCUCCUCAAGGUAUAUGAAUAAAAUUUAUAAUUCAUCUAGUGAUAAGAACACCAAGUUGAGAUCCUACAGUGGUACAUGGUUACAAAUUAUGUUGAUCAAUCAUCAUACAAUGUUUCGCUCACCAUCACAUUCUCAGCAACAACCUGAAUUGUCUCAUAUUGAAGUAACGGUCAGAAUGUUGAUAAGAUUAUUAUCAGAUCCUAAUCCUGGGGUCAGACAGUGUUCAAAAGAUGCUUUCUGGACUUUAGGAAAAUACUUUCCCAAAGAAAAAGAACACCUCAUAUCCAAGCUUGAACCUAAUGUUGUGAAGGCAAUUCAAAGAUUCCAACCGAAACCUUUUGUUCCUACGCAUAGAAAAUCAGCAUCAUACGCAAGUGAUUCAUUUACUCAUAGGAGUGUUACUUCAACUAAUAACCAUGAUCAUCCCAAUUCACACCAGCCCACAAACACCCAUACUGCUCCAACCAAUAGACCAAGGGUGUCUAUAAUGGAAGGCAUUAGGGCCCAAAAUAAGGAUUUAAAAGAAAGACAACGAGAAUCAAGACCAUUUUCGAGAACCCAAUCCCUCAAAGAGAGAGAGAAAUCUCCAGCAAGAAUUUCUAGAGCCAAUUCACAUACCAGGAAGGCGCCUGUAGAGAAGAUGAGAACUAAUUUAGAAAAACCUAAACUUAGUAGAGAGCCGUGGAAACCAACCGUUGCUACGGCACCUAUCCAAAGAACCUCGUCAGCCAUGAGUGACAAGGAAUCUGAACCCAAAUCUCGUGGCAGCUAUUCAAUUAAACUGUCAGAAGAAAUUCCAGACGACUUCGAUUCUCAAUCUGAUCCCAUUUAUCACUGCUUGUCAUCGAAAAAACCAGAUCUCAUUCAAGAGGGGAUCAGUUUGUUGAUAUACGCAAUUCAAGCCAAUGAGGUAUUCAAUGUUGAGAUCAACACUUCAUUAACGGAGAUUUCCUAUUCCAAUGUUGAAUUAUUGGGGCCUUUGUUCAAGGAAAUAAAAUUAAGAAAACUCAAGCAGUUCUUCCAUAUCGAUGAUUUUUUCAGAACUUUCACCUUGCUUGUUAAACCCAUAACGUCAGAAAUUGUGAAAGAUUUCAGUGAUAUUGUUGGAAUUAAUGACAUGUUCAAACCUAUGAAUAAAUUGUUAAAGAAGUGCGUCGACAUCAAUGGCUCAAGCAGUUCGAAUCCUUUGUUGACGAAUCAGUUAAUCAAAUACAAGUCGACUAUCAUUUUACUGAUCAUUGAAUUUAUCAAUUCUAGUAUCAACAAGAUCCCAAUGAAGGAUAAUGAUUACUCAUUGAUGAUCAUUAAUUUGUUCAGUUUGGUAGAAUUGAUCAAAUCAACACCUCUUUAUGAACAAUAUUCUAAUUUAUUGGUUGAAUUAUACAACAUGAACAAUGGGUUAUUUUCCAAAGAGUUGAGUAUAAUGAGCUCAAGUAUCAGACAAGAAAUAGGAAUUAUUGUAGAUUUUGACGGUUUAACAGAUUUCAACAACACAUUGACUCGAGAAUUGAAUGGGAAUCUUGAUUUGACGAAAGUUAUCAUUCCAAACAUUUCUAACAUCAAUACUUCACCCGUCAAAGGUAUGGUGAACGACUUAACCAUGAUCAUUCCUGUGAAUGGUGGAGAAUCUUUCAAAUCUAUAAAAAUGAAUAGUAUCAAAGAAGAUGAUAUGGAGAUAGAUUCUAGCAAUAACUACGGGAAAAUAUUGGAGUCUAGUUCACAAGAAAUUAAACAGUUGAAACCUUCACCAGAGUUAAUCGAGAGUUCUGUAUUCAAUGAUUCACAAUCCACGAAUAAAUCAGAAUUGGUUGAUGAUUUCAGACAAGUUACCAUAACUGACAAACAUAAUUUCAUCAAAGAUCCUUUACAAUUAAUGGUAGAUAAAGUUGAUCCGUUGAAAUCCCUUUCGGAUAAAAACAAACCCAUUGAUAUUUAUGAGGAUGAUACGAAUUACAGAGGCUCCCCCAAGAAAUAUGACACGAAAUACGACCAUACUGAAUUGAACUGGUUCAAUUUUCAAUUGGUCAAUUUGAAAGUUGAUGAUAGUGAAUUUUCUAAGAGAGAUUUCGAUUAUUACUGUAAGAUUCUCAGUGAUAAUACAAUUGGAAGUAAUGACUACUACAAGCUAUUGAAUGUAUUACAAAGUAGUCUGCAAUUUGACAUGGACUUCACUAAUUAUUUCUAUGGUGAGGGGUUGAGUAAGAUUGAGAAUGGAUUAUGGAGCUUCUUCAAUAAGAAUUUAUCUGUCAACUACAAUCUGUCAAACACAUUGAAAGGGUUGAUAAUAUUGAAACAACUCUUAAUCAACAAAGUUCAAUUAGACCAUGACAAGAUUUUCCAAUUGUUGAACCAUUUGUGUGAGUUCAAAAGUCACAAUAUUGUAAGCGAAUUAGACCACGCCCUUAAAGAAAUCUUCGAGGAAAUGAUAAGUACAGGCAAAUUUAAUUCCAAUAGCAUAGAAAAAGAUAGCAAAUUAUUAGAUGUAAUUUUACAUGAAAUCAAGAAACUUGAGGAUAAUGAUGACGAUACCAAAUGGGAAAAGCUAUUCUUCAACCUCGAUUGCUUAGAAAAAAUCAUCAGUGGAGAACUCAUCAAUGAUGAAGUGAUGAAUAAUAUUGAUGACCAAAUUUUCAAAUAUAUUAAUAAUGAUAAACUUGAAAUCAGAAGAUUAGUUAUUCUCAUCUAUGGGAAAAUGACUAAAUAUUGUAAACAAGAUAUAGGAAAAAUCACUUUGAAACUAACACCUUCCCAAAGGAAGUUAGUGGAUUACUAUAGUGAAUUAUAA